AUGGGCUCGCGCUGGGCUGCUCGCGACGAACAACGCCGGCAGAUCGACAGGAAGAUUCGCGACAUGUAUCUACAGAUCGAUAGAGUCCUGGAUCGUCUACAGUCAGUCGAAUUCCAGUAUCCACCGUGGCCACACUCGAAUGCGAUCCUCGAGCUCGAAGAUGCUAUACCUUGCUUGGCGGUAGAAGAUGAAGUCGGAAUACAGCAUCUUGACGAUCACUGGCAUACGAUCGGAACUUUAUGUGGACGACUGAGGUCUCUCUUCGAACAGCGCAAUCAACUAGCCCCUGCCUCCCUGCUCCCUAACGAGAUCCUCUCGCUCAUCUUCCGCGACUGCGUCUCUACAAGCAAGAACGACGUGGAGCUGAGAAAAUAUCCGGUGCACACCGUCGUGUACCCGUACAGCCAUGUCUUCAGUCAUGUGUGUCAACACUGGCGAAGGGUUGCACUCGGUUUGCCUGGCCUCUGGUCAAAUGUUCCGCGUUCAUCAGUGCAGUUGACAGAGGUGUUUCUAUCAAGAUCAAGAGGCGUCCCGCUAAUGAUAGAAAACUUCAGGGACUCACGCUCAGCCCUAGCCACCACAGUUUCCGACGAAGCCGAAGUACUGGCACUCUCACACCUAGGUCGCGCCCAAACACUGGACUAUCUGAAGGCCGAUGUCACGCAAUAUCAGGCGAUUCUGUCCGGUCGCGCCCCUGUACUCGUGUCGUGCAAGCUACAUGCAGAUAUUGGUCCGACCUCUGGGCGCUUACCACACAAUUUUCUGGGUAGCUACGCCCCGCACCUUCGCAGCCUCGAUCUUGCAAGAACAUCCUUUGACUGGGUGAUGAUGUGCUGUCCCUCACUGUUCCGGGGCUUGACGUCCCUUCAACUGGUGGAUUUGCCUGCAGAUUCGUGGCCCACUGCGGGGCAGCUGGUAGCAGCCCUGCGCACGAUGCCUUUGUUACAGGAACUCUGCUUAGAAACAUCCUCUGGCGAGGCUUUAAUACCCAUGGACGCAUGUUCAGACGUGAUAGUCUUGCGAAACUUAACCAAACUGUUCUUGGGUGCCCCAGUUCCGUACGCAUGCGUCCUGCUCGAGCGUAUCAGGAUACCUUCCUGCGCCAUAGUGUUCCUUGAGCUGUUCCAUUCAGCCUUGGAGGUGGAUUACUCUGCUUCAUUGGUCAAAUUCCUCGAGGGUCAUUGCACCUGCAACGGCGAUGGUCCUUCUCCGCGAACCUUGUGUUACGGUCUGUGGGAUAUGGACCAAAUCGUGUUCUGGGUAGGCCAGGAGACGUCAACGUUAUUGGACCUAACCCUCACUCUCCCCGACUCAAGCCUGCUCCUCCCUAUUAUCAACAAGUUACGACUCGGCGACGUUGAUAUCGUGAACCUACGCGCGGAGGUGGACACCGACGGAGAGUUCGAUCAAGUGACGACUACCAUAGCCCAUAUCUUGAGCCGGUGCUCUGGGGCAUCCGAAGUCCAGUGCGAAGCCCCAGGAGCUGCCGAAAUUGCCGUUCGGUUGCUAUUGGAGUCAAUGACGAGCGCCGCUGCCAUCGAGGACGGAAGUAACGCUACCUUAGCGCGUCCGCCGGAUCUCCUGCCAUUGCUGCGACGUAUCUAUAUGGAUCUUGAGAUGCUAGCCCCAAUCAGCGAGUUCCACCGAUGCUUGCCGAAACUGCUGGCUCGGAGGUCCGGGCUACAGCUUAUAAUCGAAGGAGCCAAUGAGUUGAGCGACAGGUUCGUGCGGAGGCUCCAACAGGUUGCAGACCGCCCCGAGCUCGUAGAGGUAUCGACAUGGGAUAACAGCGAGUAUAACCCCCCCCCCACCCCAAUGAGGGUUAACUAG